AUCUUCACGGCGCGCAUGUGCGCCUCCUCGGCCGGGAACACGGGGUGCCGCCGCCCCUCCCACGGGGCCGCCCUCGCACUGCCCCCUGGGACAUGGAGUUCUCCGCCGGCACAGUCGAGCGUCCGGCAGCGCCAGGAAAACCACACCUCCCGGGAUGCAGCGCGGCGCGGUCCGACUCAGCGGCGCUCCCGAACACGGAAACGAGGAGGCGGUGUGGAAGCGCUGACAGGGGUGGGCGUGCUCCCGCGCGCCAUGGCGGCGCUCGGUGCCUAUCGCUGUAUCGAGUGCAACGAGGAGGCGACGGAGCUGUACCGGGACUACCAGCGCGGGGUGCUACGUAUCUCCAUCUGCAAAUCCUGCCAGAAACCUGUGGAUAAAUACAUUGAGUAUGAUCCUGUUAUCAUCUUGAUUAAUGCUGUUUUAUGCAAAGCACAAGCAUACAGGCACAUUCUUUUCAAUACAAAGAUAAAUAUUCAUGGGAAGCUCUGCAUAUUUUGUUUGCUCUGUGAAGCUUAUCUCAGGUGGUUGCAACUACAGGAUUCAAGCCAAAAUACGGAUCCUGAUGACUUAAUCAGAUAUGCCAAAGAAUGGGAUUUUUAUAGAAUGUUUGGCAUAGCUUCUUUAGAACAAACUUUAUUUUUCAUUGGCAUUUUUAUUACCUUGUGGUGGAUGACACCUGAGAUGCUGAAAAGAAAGUCUGACUUCAUCUUACUUCUCAAAGCACUGCUGUUGUCCACCUAUGGAAAGCUCCUGCUAAUUCCAGCUGUUAUUUGGGAGCAUGACUACACGCCUUUGUGCCUUGCAUUUAUAAAAGUAUUUGUCUUGAUAUCAAACUCUCAGGCAAUUAGAGUUACAUUGAACUUGAACCGACUACUCCCUUGGUUUGCCAUCUUCUUUGGAUUAAUUUUGGAAAAUGGUGUGGUCUGCUUGUUCCAGAAAAUGGGAUGGGAUGUUUGAAAUGUCAGCCCAGUGAAGAAAUACUAACAACAUGAUGAUCAUUUUCUAAGAAUGAUCUCUGCCAGCAGGCUACAAAAGCCCUGUUUUCAUAGGGAUAAAGAAGGUGAUAGAUAACAAAAAAGCAUUACAGGUUUGGCUAUUUACUGUGCUGAGCCAUAAAACUUCAGCCUUAGGUUGUUUAUUUUCCCAUUAAAAAUAUGAAUGUCUCACUAUCCUAACAGUUUUGUAAAUCUGGCUGCAUAGCUGUGGCUGUAAGAAGAAAGGUGCACUAAAAAAACCCAGCCCUGCUACCAAUCAGUGCAUUUUGGCAGAGAGAGGAGGAUGAAUUGUUCCCUUAAGAGGAAGGGAGUCAGUGGAAAAAUGUAAAAGCCAAAAUUUAUAUUUCCGCAAAAACAGAUUUUCAAAGAGAAAAGUGAAUAUUUGCAAAUAGUUUUUUAGAGAAAAAGCAAGUACUCCAGAGUGAAACUACAGUGGGAAUACCAAGCUGCAUUCUCCGGAAUGUUUGUGUAACAAUCCAAAAUAAUAAAGUAUCUAGUUCUAGACUAAUCUCUAGCAAUGAUAGUUUUAAACUGGCUUGAAAUUCUAGGUGAUCUCAUAAAUACUUGAAAUUUUGUGUGAUCUCAUAAAUGCUACUUUGUUCUGAAAGCUGAAGAGAACUGACCCCCAACAUGCAGGGCUCUUAGGGAUACUGCUUCUUCUGCAUUUAAGUCACAUCCCCCACACCCAGUCCUCAUCUGGCUAUUCAUUUAAUGGAAACAAAAAUUGAAACAUGAGGCUAUUCAAUAGAGUAGUAGUUUAAAAUUUAACAAACAAACAAAAAUGUUUAGGCCUAAAUUAAUGAAGAAACAUUUGUAGACGUUCUGCACCUUCUUCCUCAGCAGGCAAAAGGAGAGCUAAGUGGCCCACAAAGGAACUGACAGAAUCAGUUUCCACAAGACAGUAAAAAGGGCACAAACCCACUUUUGUGCAGACCAGUUUCCAUUCAUUCCAUCCAAUAUUUUACUCUCCUGCUUGAGUUCUGGAAGGCUUUACUGUCCAUAGGGAUUGCUUCCAUUAUUUGUUUUCCUCAGAUGCUGUCUCAUGUCUGCGUUUUGCAGAAUGAAUCAAAAAACAUUUUGCAACAUUUUCAAGUUAAUUCCCAACAGGUUUAGAGUAAGUCUAGAUUAUGACCACAAAAGACAUCAAAUGUGUUUGUCUGAUGGAACUGCCCAUGCUAUGCAAGUUACUUGAUCAGAAAAGCAAAUGGUUGCUGAUUCUCAUUUACUAAAUCAAAGGCUGACAGCCCUUUUGUUGUGUUACACUUCGCAACUUCCUAAGCAUGUCAGAGAAAGCAAAAAAAAACCAAAAUUGUAGCUUUUUUAAGUAUGUGAGACUCUUAAUUUGAUUGUUAAUUAAUUAAUUUCCUCAAGUCAAGUCUGUUUUGUCCAUGACAGUAACUGGUGACUAAACUCUCUCCAUUCUUAUCUCAACCCAUGGGCCAUUCAUUUUGUUUUCUCUCCAGUGCCUAACAGGGGAGUGACAGAGCAGCUUUGGUGAGCAUCUGACAUCCACACUGGCACAGGCAGUGGUUUCAAUCUAGAGGCUGAGUGGAGCCCACUUCAGUGUAACUAAUGCAGGUUAUUAUAUGUAAACAUGAUGCUGUCAGCGGCAAAAUUGUAAAUACAAUGUAUAUAAAUUUUAUUUGAGGACAAUCUUCUUAAAUUAAACUUCCUUUUGAAUUUUUAAAAACUGA